AUGGAAUUUUGCAAAGCAAACUGGUACUUUAAAAAAACUGACUUUUUAUCACACUCUCCGUCACGUUAUGACGGCAUAUCCGUUGCUGACGAAAAAAAAUUUCGAAGCAAGGGUAUCAACCCCCAGAUCGUGAUCGCAACGGCCUCAGUAUACUUUCAUAGAUUCUUCAUGCGAAAGAGCUUUAAAGAGUUUCAUCCCUAUGAUGUAGGAGGUGCUUGCGUGCUUCUUGCUGUAAAGGUGGAAGAACCUAAACCUAGGAGAACGCUAGAAGAUGUUGCAGCUGCAUGCGCUCGUGUAGCUCGCAGAGACAAAUGCCUCGACGAUACAAAAGAAAUCGAAAUGUGGGAUAACACUUUAAAACAUCUGGAACCGCUAAUUGCGGCAAUACUUUGCUUCGAUUUACAAGUCGAUCAUCCUUACCUGCCCUUAUUGAAAUAUACAAAAGAAUUGAAAGGCUUCAAUAAAGAAGUCUUGAGGGAUCUGGCCGCUGCUGCAUGGGCAAUUAUAAAUCAUGGCCUUCAAACGCCGAUUUGUCUGUUUUAUCAACCAACGACAAUAGCCAGUGCUGCUGUAUUUAUCGCUUCCAAAGUGGGUGACGUAUCGUUGAACGACGACGCCACAAAAGGAACGGUCUGGUGGAACGUAAUGCAAAGCAAUAUCUAUGAAACAACGAAAUGCAUCGAUGAUAUUUUGGAUAUGUACACUGCAACGUGUCCUAAAUUAAACACGAGUUUAGAGGAGACGAAAAUAAAUCCACUUGCAAAUGCAACUAUUCUCAUGAACUCUUAUGAGAAUACUGUUGGUUAUAUGUCAGGAUCAACUACUCCAAAUAUCGACCCCAAGUUUAGUGAAUACGAGUAUAUAGAUAUUGAUAAAAUUUAUGAACCCCCGCCCGAAAAUCCAUCACCGUCAACUAACACCAUAGGCAAUGACGAAACGGCAGAGGACGACUACGAUGAAAUAGAAAAUGGAGAUGAUUCAGUAACCGAAGUAGAAUGUGAAGGGGAAGCACAUUUGGUAUCUCAAAGAGGAGGAGAAUAUUUACAGGAUGGACAAUAUGGUGAUCAAGAUUCACAAGAUGGCGGAUACGAAGAAGACAACGAGUUUAUGGGGUCUUCGGACGAGUCGCAAUUUUCAGAUUCACAGCAUACCGUACCUUCAGAAGAAGGAGAGGAGUAUCCUAGAUUGCAGUAUGAAAAUGGUGUUGGUUCGCAGCACUACGGGUCACAGAACGAAGAUGUUGUACUUUCACAACAAGAUGGAUCACAAAACGAAAAUGGAGCACUUUCACAACAUGAUGGAUCACAAUAUGAAAAUGGAGCACUUUCACAACAUGAUGGAUCACAAUAUGAAAAUGGAACAAUUUCGCAUCUUGAUGUAUCACAAAAUGAGAAUGGAACACUUUCACAACAUGAUGGAUCACAAUAUGGAAAUGGGACAGUUUCGAAUCGUGACCGAACGCAAUAUUUGCAAAAUGAUGAUAUUCAUUCACAGUAUGACGAAGAGCAACUCGAAGUCGAAAUAUACACAGAAAAUGGUAACGGAUUUUAUAAUAAUAACGUACAAUCGACAAAUCAUCAAAGUGAAGAAGAUGAUGUUAGCACUAUAGGAGAUGAAGAGAUACAAAACAAUGAAGAAGGAGAGUAUUCCACCGAUAUAGACGUGGAAAUGUAUGAUGAAAACGGUAUUGAAAACGGAGUCGGCGAUUAUCCUAAUUAA